AUGAAGGAUCAAAAGAUGUUGAUGGGUUUUACUCUCAAGCAUUUGUUGGUGUUGUCUUUGGCAUUGAACGUGGGUUUGAUCUCUAGGGUGGUCUAUGUUGGGGAAAAGAGCGUUUCUGGGCUUUGUUUGGAGAACCAGGACAAGAAAGAGGCGCAUGAUAGCAAGAAAUCACGUUUGGUGACUUCAACUGUUAGUAAGGAACUUCAAAAUGGCGGAGAUGGUGUCAUCGAUCUCGACCAUGGCGACCCAACAAUGUAUGAGAGGUUUUGGCACGAGAUGGGGGAAAAGAGCACAUUUGUUAUAGCUGGUCACCAGUCUAUAAGUUAUUUUUCUGAUGUCAGAAACCUUUGCUGGUUUUUGGAACCAGAAUUUGCAAAUUCAGUGGUUAGACUACACAAAAUUGUUGGAAAUGCAAUUACUGAAGACCGCCACAUUGUGGUUGGGACAGGUUCUACACAACUCUUUCAGGCUGUACUAUAUGCUCUCUCUCCACCCAAUGCAUCUGAGCCCAUGAGCGUGGUAUCUGCUGCCCCGUUCUACUCGUUGUACCCGUUGUUGACCGACUACCUAAUGUCUGCGCUUUAUAAAUGGGCGGGUGAUGCUUACGAGUUCAGUAAAGAUGGUCCCUACAUUGAGCUUGUAACUUCCCCUAAUAAUCCUGAUGGCUCUACAAGGGAACCUGUGGUCCGUCGAACUAAAGGAUUAUUGGUUCAUGACCUUGCUUACUAUUGGCCGCAAUAUACUCCAAUAUCUUUUCCUGCAGACCACGAUAUCAUGCUGUUCACAGUCUCCAAAAGCACUGGCCAUGCUGGGAUUCGUUUAGGAUGGGCUCUUGUCAAAGAUCGAGAAAUUGCCAAAAAAAUGACUAAUUUCAUAGAGCUUAACACCAUUGGCGUGUCCAGAGAUUCACAGCUCCGGGCAGCAAAGAUUUUACAAGCUGUGUCUGAAAGCUAUGACUAUGUUGGCAACUCUAAAGAAACUGAACCUUUCUUCGAAUAUGGUUACAAUAUCAUGGCAAAGAGGUGGAAGCAACUAAGAGCAGCAGUGAAUAAGAGUAAGCUUUUCAGUUUGCCCGACUUUCCUCCUGGGACGUGCACAUUUAGUGGUCGAACUUUUGAAUCACAACCUGCUUUUGCGUGGUUGAAGUGUGAGGGCGAAAUAGAGGACUGUGAAAGCUUCCUUCGAAGCCACAAGAUCUGGACCCGAGGUGGGAAGUACUUUGGGGUUAGCUCAAAGUAUGUGAGGAUAAGUACAUUGUCGCGAGAUGAAACGUUCGAUCUUUUCACAGAGAGGUUGUCUGCAAUGGAACUUGAGAGUCCUUAA